AUGUCGCCGCCGGCUCUGUCCGACGCAGCCAUCGACCGGGGCGACGGCAUCGCAAGGCCAGGGAGCUGGGCCGAGUCGUCUGCCACAUACUUCAGCCGCCAGCCGCUGUCGCCCAAAGAUGUCGACCGCGUGCGGACGGAGUUUCGCCAGCUCUGCGUACGGCACUACGGCUCCCUAGUAGGAGCCUGGAAGGCCAUGGACGUGAAUAGCGACGGGCGCCUGAGCUACUUCGAGUUCCUCCGUGCCUGCAAGCACAUGCAGAUGCAGAACGCGCGGGCUGUGUGGUCGGCAUUGGGCCGAUCUGGUUUCGUCAGCUUACAAGAACUGGACCCUUUGCUGGCACAGCAGUUGGGCUCCCUCGCUGCCAAGCUCUGGACUCUCUUUGGGUCCUUGGAGGAAGCCUGGCGCAACUGCUUCAAUCCCACCGCGCGGCUGCGGAUCUGCCGAGACGACUUCGUGCAAGCGUGCGAAAGUUUCCGCUUUAGGCACGGCGAGGUUUGCUUCGCCGAGCUCUGCUCAGAGAAGGCCCGCAGCGGCAUGAGCCGGAAGGAGUUCGGCUUCCUUCAUACCUGGCUUGGCCGUGGUCCGGACCGCGGCUUCAUCGACCCUCCUCCCUCUCGCUGGGAGAAGGAAAGAAGACCCUGGACCCCUCCAGUGCCGAGACUGAAGAAGUUCGAGCGGCGCCAGAAUUUCAAGGAUUGCCUUCUCAGGUCCUAUGGCAACUCGGCCAGGAGUCGGCUGCAUUCAUGUCCGCUUGCUUGUGCUCCAGGUGGAUCCAGGUGGGCUCUAGCCCAGGCACCGAGACAAGUGAGGAGUGAGUAUGGUCACUAUCGCCACAACAAGUGA